AUGGCCGGACUCGAACCACGCAUCUCGAGAGCGAACAUUCCUUCAAUCCCUGCUGGCGCAGGUUUUCGGAUCAUCCGCGAUCGUAUCUUCAUUUUGGACCACAUCCCCUGGUUCGUUCGCUCCUUGGAAUGCGAAAACGAUCAGACGUGUUUCACGGCGGCGACGAUGAGCAGCUAUGACUUCCGCCUCCUAUGGGGAAGCUCUUACAUGACGCAGUUCAAAGCUGCGAACUCCAGCCACAGAUUGUCAAAAAGAGUAUUGGAAACAAUGGGAGGCGAACCAUGCAUUCCAGCGACGUUUUCUGAGGCCCUUCAUCAUCCUGGCGAGAUGGAGACCUUCAAAGGUACGCUCAACUUGGGCUAUCGGUGGCUUCAAGUAGAUCGCAUCCAGUGUCUCAUGGCGGUACCGAUGAGCCGGUUGACUGCGUUACUUUCGCACGUCGACACCAAACAGCAAGCUGCCAACGAAACACUUGGACGUUCCUGCAAUCUUCUGCGACGAUUCCACUCCACGCCAACGAAGUCGCUCCGCGGCGACAACGAGAAUACCAACAUCAGCAAUGGCAUUCUGCCAGCUCUUCACCACUGCUUCAAAGUCCAAGGCGGCAAGACGAUUCAAGGUGACUGGCAUUCAGCGGGUAGACGACCUUCGCAUAAGAAGAUUGACAAUCAAAUUCAGGUGCGACAGCGCUUCGGCAAAUUUGCUGCGCUACACCAGAGGUAUCUCAAAGAAUGCGCUAUUGAUGCCGAUAUCUCCCGCCACGCCUCGUCUAGCUACCGCGUUGAGCUGGUAGCUGCAAACGCAAUCAGUUUCAAGCUCUUUCCACAAGAACUUCACUGGACUCACUUGUGCUUCCUGGUAGGCAUAUCCAGAGCCACGGCAAGCCUGGUGACAGCUCUUGGUCUGGUCAACAAACUGCCCUCGGACUGGCACUUGUUGAGAGGACUAGCAUCCAGCAGCAUUGGCAUUGAACUGGUCGACAAUUCGCAAACACACUACUCACUCGGCCCAUUCGUAGGUAUGUGCGAGGUUGUAAGUUGCGCAGAUGCCUUUACAUUUACCAGCUGGGAUUUUGGCUACCUGAAUCAUAUGUCUGCUGCCGAAGCGACCGCACAAGGUGAUUGGGCACCAUUUGUAGUAGUUGGCAUCCGGAAAACAACGCUUCACCCUCGCUAUCAUCGCAACCACACAAUUUUUCCAUACAACGUUGCCGAAGCGGUUGAUGCGAGAGUGAUAGUAGCAGCGAAGGUGAGUAUAGACCGCAUGAGGUCAGCUUAUAUUAUUGCUAUAUGUAUGUACUCGCAUCCGGAAAAACAACACUUCACUCUAGAUGUGAUCCUUGAUGUAGGAUACUACGGCACACCACCUGCAACGCCCAGAACGGUUACUGCGCCAACAUCCUCAUCAGCAACGAAGCCUCCAACUGCGGUGGUGCAGAAAAAAAUAAAGGCAAGACUUGAGUGGAAGAACAGUCAGAGUUCAACCAAUGCGGAAACCCAUGUCUCUCCCUUCGCGACGACUCCAACAAACCCGCCUGCGUCGAAGGAGCAUGCUUCAAGCCAUGCCCCGUCUGUGAAGCAGGUUUCGAACCCGUGGGCUGAGGCUCUCAAUGGCCAGCCCACUUAUGGUUUCAACUCAGGCGACAACAACCGCGAAGACGAAUUCUAUCUCAGCACACCAGAAGACCAGGGCAGCCAGUCCACAGAAUCCUCAACUAUUUGUACAGUCACGGCGUGCUCCAGUAUUCAGUAUCGCGUCGACUUUGGCAUGUUCCGUGAUCAGGCAGGAGGCUGUCAAGUUCUGAACUACAAUAUUCCGAACUGUUCGGGUUAUCCUGCGCAGAGGCUUAAGCAGAUCUCGCAGAGGAAUGACGUUAUUAAGGCCGGACUCUUUCCUGAGGGAGUCUUGAUGUCCCAUUUGAGUUCAAGUUGA